AUGAUGGCUUUCGGAGCCCGUCCGGUCUUUUUUCUACCAUAUCUUGGCGGUUUUGCGACUGGACUUUUGCGCUCUAUGGGACUCUCGACGAGGUUCCUCGCCCAAGUCACUACUGGCCUCUUAGGAGGUCUGAAAAUUCAGAAAAAUUUGAUCGUUUUUUAUUUUUUACAGGCGUCGGAGCAUCCGUUGUCACCGUUUUCGAGCAUCAACAUCAGACUUUCCUACCACAAAGACAUCCACUGAAACUGGAAAAAAGGACAAGAGUCAUUUUGCUGUUGGGCUUGUAUACCCUUUAUCUAUUUUCCUGUCAUUGGGCCACGUAUUUUGAGCCGGAUCAGUACAAAGCAAGAUUGGUGAUUGCGGAGGUGAUAAUUUUUCUUUUCAUUAGACGGUUUUUAGCUGAAGUUUUUAUCUGUAUUAGGUACACAGUUCUUAAGUGUGUUUGAAGGGUAUCUCGUGAGAAUAAAUCAGCUUUUUUGAAAUCGAAGAAGCAAACUUGCAACUCCCGAAAAUUCGAGUUUUCGAAUAGGACGAUUUGCAGCUCCCAAAAUUUUGAGCGAACCAAGAUGCAGCUUCCAAAAAAUUGAGCAGACCAAAAUGCAGCUCCCAAAAAUUUAAGCAGACCAAAAUGCAGCUCCCAAAAAUUUAAGCAGACCAAAAUGCAGCUCCCAAAAAUUGAGCAGACCAAAAUGCAGCUGCCAAAAAUUUAAGCAGACCAAAAUGCAGCUCCCAAAUUUUUGAUCCAACCAAAAUGCAGCUCCCAAAAACUCGAGUAUUCGAAUAGGACGAUUUGCAGCUCCCAAAAUUCGAGUUUUCAAACAGGGAAAAAUUUCAGCUUCCAAAAACUCGAGCUGACCGAAAUUCAACUCAAAGUUUUUAAGCAGGGAAAGUUGCAGCUCCCAAAAAUUCGAAUUUUCGAAUAGGACGAUUUGCAGCUUUUACCGAAUUUCUUCAGACCUGGCCGGCAAUCGCCUGCGACUUUUGGGGUCCUGAAUAUUACUAUCUAACCGAAAUCGAGUUCGGCCUUGUCCAGGUCUAUUUUCUGAGCUUGAGUUGUUCUUCUUUCGGCCUCGCUAUUCCUCUGGCCUUCCAUUCUUCGACCUUGAUUUCUAGUUCCAGUUUUAAUCGAUCCGAAGCCACUAGGAGGGCUCGGAGGAAUUAUAUCCAACAGCUGUUGGUCAUGGUCAGUCUAGCACUUUUUGGGUUGAAACUUUCCGGAUCUUCUUUUGAUACCUUAAGAAGUAUCCUGGUCACUUUAAAAGAAAAUUCCAACCGCAAAGUUGAAGUGACCUUCUUUUUAAGUAGAAGAUUGAUAAAGAAAACCUUUUUCAGGUAUUUUUACCGGUAUCAUUGGGCCUCAUCCCGAUUUUCUUCUUUCAAAUCGGUUCCACUCUUCUGGAGAAGAAAAAUGAGAGUAAGUUUCUCACGGCAAAAUUAUUUUUCCUUGACUGGGAAUCGAACCCCUGACCUUUUUGACGGUAGAUUCUCUCACAACCUACUGGGCUACGGAGAAACAAGUAAUAAUUUCAGUGAUGACCUACUGUUUCGUGAUUUUAUCGUCACACGGUCCUUGUACAGCCCUGUUAGUUAUGGUGGUUCAUCCGCCUUAUCGAACCUUUUUGAUGGAUAUUUUUGGAUUCUACAAGAAGAAAAAAGGUUUUUCUUUUUUUUUUUUGUUCAAUUAUUUAUUUUUCAUUUCAGGUGGAAGUUCUGUUGUUUUCAAUCUUCCCGUUCAAACGAGAAGAGUCGUCUCGAAACAUAUAGACACUGGAAUUAGCUUUUAAAAAUGGCCGCAUGUAGAAUGGUUCGAUGUGUCGCGGUCGCGCUGCGGUUUGAUGGUCCUUCAUGUUUUUUUUGUUAGUGGAAAAAAAGCGAAAUCAAAAAUGAAGGAGGCGGAGUGAAGCCCAUGUGACGUCAUGGAAAACAAGCGUAAACAACAGAGAAUAUUAAAGGCGCAUGUUCAAUGGGUCAUGAGACGAAUCGAUUUCUCAUUAAAAAACGCAAUUUUUCUAUCGGCGUGUUAAAAGUGAUUCCCAAAAGUUCAAAAUAGCCGCCGGAGAGUGAAAAUUUCGCGAAAAUUACUUUGAACACGGCAUGUGCGAGAGCGCCGCAGUGCAUGCACACGACACACCAAAGUUUACGGAAAAAAAAAAUAUUGACGGGGUCAAAAAGAAAACACCGUGCUUGCAAAUCAUCCAUAUUUGUUUAAGUUUACGAUAAAUUAUGUUCUGAGCGCUAGUCAUUUUAAAAGAAAAAGGAAAAAAAAGAUGUCAUUUUUCCUUUAAUUCCAUCUGUUGACUUUUUUACUUUUUCACCUGCAACCCUUUAUUAUUUUUCUUUCCCUCGGUUCUUGAGUUGCUAGUUUUUCAUUGAUUGACUUUGGACCCUUACAGGGUGGGGUUCAUUAAAGAGCUUCCAAUCUUAUUUCUGAGGCUCUAUCUGAAGUCAAAGCAGCUCGAAUCAUAGUCAACAAAUCACAAAAUUUCCCGCUCGUUUUCAAUUUUUCAUCUAAAAACCGUUCUUACUUAUUCUAAAUUAUUAUCAGAAUCAGUCAGUUUCAGGUCGGAUGUCGGAAAUCUUUGGCCGAUGCGGCGGCUUCCCGGAUCGAUCCUUAUAUUUCAGUUUGAUGACUACUUUUGGUUGGAUUUGUAUGCCUUUAUCGAUUUUUUGUGCAUAUUGUAUCAUCAGAAAAUCGACUCCCGCAAUGAAAAUGUACCGCUGGUCGUUGCUCAACUUUUUAUUUUGGUCAGUGAAGUUGGAGAAGUUUCCCCUUCCAAGUAAUCUGACUGAUUUGAAAUUUUUCCAGGACUACUCUACUGUGUUGGAUGAUGGCUUUCGGAGCCCGUCCGGUCUUUUUUCUACCGUAUCUUGGCGGUUUUGCGACAGGUUUUUUGCGCUCCAUGGGACUCUCUACGAGGUUCCUCGCACAGGCCACUACAGGCUCCUUGGGAGGUUCGCUCCCGACUUUAUUGUUUUCUAAAAUUAGAAUUAUUUUUCCAGGCGCUGGCGCGUCAAUAGUCACCGUAUUCGGCCAUCAAUAUCAGUCUUUACUCCCUCAAAGACAUCUAAUGAAGCUUCGAAAAACGACAAAAUGUGUUAUUCUGCUCUUUGUGUACUUCAUUUAUGUAUUUUGUUGUUAUUGGCCUACGCUUUUCGAGCCGGAUCAGUAUCAGGCACGAUUGGUGAUUGCAGAGGUGAGGAAAUAGCAGUAGAGCGCAAAUUCUGUUAAUUUGAAACCCCCUUUUGAAGAGAGAACUUUUGGUCUGCUUAGCCUUUUCAAAAGUUAAACAGAUCAAAAAGUUAAAAAAAAAUUUCUUGUGAAUUUUUCGGUGCUCACGUGACAGAAACUGAAACGAAAAUCGUGAGUUUGACUGAAAAUGAAAAAAAUAUUAACGAUAUUGGGAACCUGAGACAUAAAUAAAGAAACAUAUCGAAUCGUUUAGACUUGGCCGACUAUCGCCUGCGAUUUUUGGGGUCCUGAAUACUAUUACAUUUCCGAAAAGGAGUUUGGCCUUGUUCACAUCUAUUUCCUAAGCUUGUUGGUUUCCAUUUUCGCCCUCUCUACGCCUCUGAUUAUUCAUUCCUCGACUCUGGUUUCUAGCUUUAUUGUUACCGCCUCCGCAGCUACGAGGAGGGCCAGAAAGAACUAUAUUCGGCAGCUUUUGGUCAUGGUGAGUUUCAAGGCUCUCACAAGGAAUCUCAUUUUACUUUGCGGUUCGUAUUUUUUUUUUACAAAUUCGCUCAAACACUCUGAAGAACCCUUAUAGUCGUUUCCUGCACAAACUUCUAGUUUUUGUGAAACGAAUGUUUGAAGUUGUAAAACAGGGGUAACUUUUCGACCUUCAAAAUUGAUCAUCUUAAAAACUAGACGCUGGCGCGGGUCACAACUUUGAUGGAUCUACAUAUUUCAGAGAUUGUUUGAGAAAAUUUUUAGAAAACUUUAAGUCGCAAAUUGAAAUGACCUCCUUGUUGGGUCUAAGCAGUGUUAAAAGAAAACGUUUAAAAUUAAUAUUUUAUCGUUGUAUUGUGAAAUAUACAACUUUAAUUUACAAAAAAACGUUUAUAGUCUGUUUAGAUUUUUGAAUGUCAAGUCAUUGCUCAAGCUCCGCCCCUAAUGGUGCGAUAAACCAAUCAGAGAGCGAGCCAUCCACAGAGUGUUUUUAAACGACGUCAUUGCACUUGACAUUAAAAAUCUGAACAGACUAUAUAGGUCAUUCCGCGCCAGCUUGUCGCGAUUUCCAGUUUAUUUGGAGCUAGAGUAGCCUUUUCGGCGCUUCGCUUCGAUGCUCUCGGUGUGCCCCUUGCGUGCGCCUUUAAUAAAACUCAUUAUUUUUCGAACUUUGGAAUUUUUCCUAUUCUACAAAAAAACAGUUGUAACAUCAAAUUUUAUAUCAAAAUAACCCAAAAACUAUAUGCAAGAAAAGCUCGAACAGCCGGUUUCAUUAAUAACAAUUAAAAAGUAGUAAUUCAAUCUUUUUGAUUUUCUUUUUUUCUUACAAAUCCAGCACAGAAUCUGAGUGUGUAUAGUCAAAGCGAAAAAAAUGAAAUCAAUCCAUUGAAAAACAACCUUGUAAAUUAAUAGAAGAGUGAGAGGAAAUUGAAGCAAUAUCUUAUCAGAAAUAAUGUUUUAUUAAAGGCGCACGCAAGGGGGAACACCGGGAGCAUUGAAGCGAAGCGCCGAAAGGGGUUCUGUAGCUCCGAGGAAAAUUAAAAUCGUGACAACCUGGCGCGGAAUGACCUAUACUUCAUAACCAAAGUAAAAACAAGACCAAAAAACUCAAUCGCCUGACGCGAUUGCGCGGAAAUGAAACUGUGAAGGUGACCUGCACAUCUUAAUAUUGCGCGGCAAUUUAAAAUGGUGUAGAUUUACGGGGUUAAAUCUAGACACUACAAAACUUAAGAACUAGAAAUUUGCGCAGGUAGCGACUAUGAAGGAUCUCUAUUCAGAAAUUCAGAGAGUUUUUUAGCAAGUUUGUAGAAAAAUCCAAAUAGCAAAGUAAAAUGACUUCCCGUGUCAAGGAAACUGUCUUUUGUAAGUUUUAAAAUCGCUCGUAUCAAAAUGAAAAUUAAUCAAAAAACUGGUUCGUUUCUGAAAUGAAUUUCCCGAUUCCUGUUUUAAAUUCUAGUCGAUUCAAGUUUUUCAUCGGAUUACUUUUUAAAACGAUGAAGCCUUUCAGGUCUUUAUACCGGUAUUCUUAGCAAUUAUCCCGCUUCUCCUAUUUCUCUCCUGCUACGUUGUUCUGGAGGAUAAAAACGAGUGUAAGUGUCAUACUUCUCAGAGUACUGAAACAAAAUAAAUUUUACCAAGAUUUUCAUUUUUCGUGAUGCAAAAAAACUGAGCCUGUGCAAAAAUAAUUUCAAAAAGCAGUCUAAAAAGCCAAACAUUUCUAAAAAUAUGAAAUAUUUUCAGUGAUGUCAUACUGUUUGGUGGUUCUAUCGUCACACGGCCCUUGUACUGCCUUAUUGGUCAUGGUGGUUCAUCCGCCGUAUCGAAAGUUUUUGAUGGAUCUUUUUUGGUUGCGAAAGAAAAAAGGUACCUUCUCGCAAAAAUACCUGUGGUUUCACCUGGUUUUAGUAGUUUCAGAUAAACGCUCAGCCGUUUUCAACCUCUCUUCUCAAACUCCUUGAAACAACAGGAAACCCGAUUUUGCUUAUAAAAUUGCCGUAUCCCUUCUGCUUGCUGCGGAAAGUUGCUCAAAAAAGUCAAAAAAGGCAUGUUUUUCCGAAAUCAUUUUUGAUAAUCCUCCACGGGCGUUUUUGUAAAUAGAAGAAAAUGCAAAAUGCAAUAAGGGGGCGUGGUCAAAACUCUCGCCGUUUUCCCAUGUGACGUCAUGAGAAAAACGCAUAAACGACAGGAAAUAUUAAAGGCGCAUUCAAUGGGUCAUGAAACGAAUCUAUUUUUUUCAUUAAAAAAAUUUUUUUUUGUUGUUUUAGUUUUAAAACACAUGCCGUGUUGAAAGUAAUUCCGCGAUUUUCAAAAUAGCCACCAGAGAGUGCAAAAUAUAACUGAAUAUCGGAAAUUCAGAUGUGAUUAUGAACUUCGCGAAAAUUACGUUGAGAGCGGCGUGUGCCAGAGCGCCGCGGUGUAUGCACACGACAAACUACACUUUACGGAAAAAAUAUGGGCGGACCGUCGCCAAAAAAAACGCGGUGCCUCAUAAAAACGAUCUGAAGCUUUUCACAUCUUCAAUUUAAGAGCUGAGAUUCAAACUAAUCGAAUUUUUCUCCGGUUUCAUCUGCUCGCCUUUGUUUCCACCUGCAUCACGUUUUUCUUCGAUAUCAAGAUUAAUAAUUUCUGUUAGUUAACCUGUUUUCUCAAAAAAAGUAGAAACACUUUUUAGACCUUUGAAAGCUCAAAUUCAAGUUAUUUAAAAAAUAACCACUGGUUUUUUUAGACCUAAGUUCAAAUGAACCUUUUCUUCACACCCCCAUAUUUCGUUUUUUUAAAUUUUAAAAAUUCAGUCUGAGGCGUAUGUCGGAAGUCUUCGGCCGUUGCGGCGGCUUCCCGGAUCGAUCCUUGUAUUUCCAUUUGAUGGCCAUUUUUGGUUGGAUUUGUAUGCCUUUAUCGACUAUUUGUGCCUACUGCAUAAUCAAAAAGUCUCCUCCCGCAAUGAAAAUGUACCGCUUGUCGCUGCUCAACAUUUUGUUCUGGUCAGUUUUGUUUGUAGCUUGGUCUUGAACCUUCGAUCACUUGUCGGUUCUGAGUAAAUUUUGAGUGGCCAUUAUAGGUUUUUGACGUUUCAGUGGCCACUAUAGGCCACUAUAGCCACUAUAGCUACUCAAGCUCUUAAGGGGUUAAACAUUAGUGGCCAUUAUAGAGGUCUAAGUGGUACUACUAGAGCAGUAAAAGGGGUCAAUGGAUCAUCAUAAAUGGUCCAAUCUGUUUGUUUCAAAAUUAUCAGAGUUACUGGAAGGAAUACUUGAUGAAAAACUACUGAAGUGGCCAUCAAAUGAAGAAUCUCUAUAGUGGCCACUCAAACGGAAAAUAGUGACCACUAUAAGGUGGGUUUAGCGGCCACUUUAGUGUCUUCUAAAAGUAGUCCUUGGCUAGCCUCUAUAGUGACCACUAACAGUUUUUCCAGGUUUGUCUCCGUUCCGGCGCAUGUCUUCAUGUUUCUAGAAAAAGACAAAUGAGGCUUGAAACUUUUUUAUCGCGAUGAAUUUUUCAUUCGAGCGAAGUUUGACAAAUUUACUGUUGUAUAAAAACACCUGUUCUUCUAGUUCUUUCAUUUCCGCCUGGAAACUGAAAUUUCCAUUUCAAUAAUUGUUCAGCCCAAUAUAUGACCAACUUUUAACCAAGCACAGUGUUUCAAAACGGGCGAGCGCAGGCGAAAACAAUGGCCGUCUCAAUGGAGCGAAAACGCGAGUUCCUUCUAACGCAACGCGGUGCGGCGCGUGUCAAGCUCUCAAAAUUUAAUUCAAUUUAAAUAUAGUUUUUUCUCUUUCUCUCGCGUAUUUUUUCAGAUUUUUGAAUCGUUUUACUUUCUGUUGUGUAAUGUAACUGUGUUGGAUACGUUUGAGAGGUACUUGAGUUAAUUUUUGAUCGAGAUGGUCCCGAAAUUUCGGCAAAAAUGACAUUUUGAUGAGUAACAUUUUUUGCAGAAGCUACUUGGUUCAUUUUUUUGUUUUAAAAUGCUCAGAAUGAGUUUCUCAAGAUAAACGCCUAGAGCUUUUUUUUUAAUUUUUUUUUUCGACGUUUCACAAAACAUAUGUUGUCUAAAAUGACUUUUUGAGUUAUAAAUUUUUUUGUGUCGAAGCCAAUUGAUUCUUUUUUAUGUUUCAGAAUAUUCAGAAUGCGUUUUUUGAGGGAACCGUCAUGGGUUUUUCCUUCAAAAAAAUAUUUUUAGGACUUCACGCGACGAAUUUUCCUGAAAAAAAGGCAUUUCGUGUGAUAAAUCUUUUGGCAAAAAGCGAUUCCGUUCAUAUUCCAUUUUCAAUAGGUUUAUUGUGCGUUGGACUAUAUUAAAACUACUAUAAAAGUUCAAGGAGGCCUUGAAAAACACUAUUCAACGUUAUUUUUUCAUCCAGUAAAUGCACAAAAAUCGGCUCUCAAUGUCGCGCCGCUAUUGCAAUAAGCCGCGCCCCCAUUGCAUACAGCCACGCCCAAUGACCACAUCUGCCGCCUGUUUGGGAACACUGUGCCAAGUUAGUUCCGUAGAGUCAAGGAAGAGAAACACCUUCGAAAAUGCCUGAAAGUUCUUAUGACUGAACAUUUUGUGCUUUAAAAGGAAUUUCAUCGACUUUUCCGUCGGAAAUGAAUCCAUUUCCAGGAGCACCACUUUCUGUUGGAUGAUGGCUUUUGGAGCCCGUCCCGUAUUUUUUCUGCCGUAUCUUGGGGGUUUCGCGACAGGUUUUUUGAGCUCCAUGGGACUUUCGACGAGGAUCCUUGCACAGAUCACCACGGGCUUCAUGGGAGGUCCAUUUUCCAUUUAUUCCGUAUGAAUCUCUCUAUUUUACAGGCGUUGGUGCCUCGAUAAUCACUGUUUUCGCGCAUCAACAUCAGUCUUUUCUACCUCAAAGACAUCCAAUGAAACUUGAGAAAAAGACUAUAAUUGUUCUUCUGGCUCUUUUAUUUUUGUUUUUUAUAUUCUGUUUUUAUUGGCCUACGUUUUUCGAGCCGGAUCAGUUCGAGGCGAGAUUAGUGAUUGCAAAGGUGAGGCUUAUAACAUAGGCAAAGUCGGUGGGACCCUUAAUGGGCCCUUUGAGCGUCAGUUAUGGGUGCAAAAAGGUUUCCAUUAAUUUUUCCUAAACGAAUGACUACUGUUUCUUUUUUACUGCCCGUUUUCGUCCUUUCAUCGGCCUUCAUCCACCUUUUUGGACCCUUUUGAGACCUUUCUGCGAGACAUUAUUUUGCCUUUUCAAAGCCUUUUUUCACCUUUUUUUUAGCUUUUUAACCGCGCGAAGAAUGAAAGGUUCGAUAAAGGCCGCAAAACGGAACCCUUAUAGCGGCCAUUCUGCAGCCACUUCCUUUUCGCACCCGUUUCACUUCCAACAUAGGCACUGCCAAAGUCGAAAGUGCGGAAAACGGGUGCAAAAAGGGAGUGACUGCGAAAUGACCGCUAAAAGGGUCCCUUUUUACGGCCUUUAUUGAGCCUUUCAUUUUUGUUGGGUAAAAAAGGGUCAUAAAAGGGCGAAAAAAGGGAGAGGCCGCAAAAAGGGUGAAGAAAGAGUGAGGGUGCAAAAGGGUCCUCAAAUUCUCUUCUAUUGAUAAUUUCCGAUUUCAUUACUGUUGCAUAUUAUGGUUCAUACACAGUCCCUUGUAAAAAAAUUAUUCCUAAUUUUUUUAAAAAAAUUGUAUUUCUCAAAAGGGUCCAAAAAAAGGGUGGAAGAAGGCUGAUGAAAGGACGCAAAAAGGCAGUAGAAAGGAAACCUUUGCCACCCGUUUAGGAACAAUUAAUGGAAACAGACGGAGCCGUAACGGACGCUCAAAGGGCCCGUGAAGGGUCCUUCCGACUUUGCCCAUAGGCAUCAGCCUUCUUCCACCCUUUUUGGACCUUUUUGAAAAAAAAAAUUUUUUUUUGGAUUAAGAAUAAUUUUUACAAGUGACUAUGUAUGAACCAAAAUAUGCUACAGUAAUAAAAUCGGAAAUCAUCGAUAGCAGAAACUUUCAGAACCCUUUUGCACCCUCACUCUUUCUUCACCCUUUUUGCGGCCUCUCCUUUUUUUCGCCCUUUUAUGACCCUUUUUAGCCCACCAAGAAUGAAAGGCUCGAUAAAGGCCACAAAACGGGACCCUUUUAGCGGCCAUUUUACGCACUUCCAAAUUUGGCAGUGCCCAGAACGUUUCGAAAGCACAUUAGAAAAUGUCUACCAGGAAAACAACUUCUUUUUUUUGCACCUUUUCUCUACGAAACUGCGAAGGUUGUCAAUUAGGUUGAAGAUCUUUCGACGAAAGAAAACCGUGAAAAUCUGGGCUUUAAUAUUCUUCAGACCUGGUCAACUAUCGCCUGUGAUUUUUGGGGUCCUGAAUAUUAUUACCUUUCCGACGACGGGUUCGGCCCCGCGCACAUCUUCUUCUUAAUUCUGAAUGCUUCAAUUUUUGGCACCAUCACGUUCCUCGUUAUUCAUUCGUUCAGUUUGGUUUCCAGUUCUAGUUUGACUGCUUCCGAAGCCACCAGAAGAGCACGAAGGAAUUAUAUUCGACAGCUUUUGGUCAUGGUCAGUCGUCAACUUUCUGAAUUGAAAAAUUGGAUUUUCGGCUUGUCUGCGUCUCUUUUUCUCUCAAAAAAAAAAAGUUUGAACACGAGAGCGCCGUUGAGGGAUCAAAAGAGCACGAACCGGUAAGAAUGGUCCAAGUCGUCGGAAAUCGAAUAUAUAGUCCGUUUUUCGCGACUUGAAAGGCCGGGAGUUCUCGGUGCUACGACAAGAGCGAGUUUUCCAUUUUCGAGGAGUACUGUAGGCGGAAAUGCGCAUUGAGUGCAUACACAUUGCAUGUUUACACUUUCGUCACCGGGUAGGACAUCUCCGGGUUUUUUGUUUCUGAUUUUUUUUUCGAAUAUUUUUCAACUUUUUUUUGUUUUUUUUUACAAGACUUGCAUUUUUCUCGAGGAUGUUUGCACGAUAAAAAACAGUAUCAAGAAAUAAAAAUUGAGAAAUAUUCGAAAAAAAACCCGGAGAUGUCCUGUGUAAACACGUAAAGUGUAUGCACGCAAUGCGCAUAUCCGCAUACAGUACUCCUCGAAAAUGGAAAACUCGCUCUCGUCGUAGCCGACUUAUCUGCGCCCUCCUCGUUUCUCGAAGUCUCUCUCAUGCUUACGCGCUAUUUCUGCGCUUCUCUAGCCUCGUCGGUGAGGGAACAGAGAGACGCAGACACGCGAAAACUGUCAAGUCGCGGCGGUCGAACUAUACCAAAGAGGUAUAAAUGUUUUUUCAGGUAUGCCUACCGGUAAUUUUGGGGGUUAUCCCAGCUCUUUUUUUCCAAACCGGGCACGUUCUUCUGGAUGAGAAAAAUGAGCGUACGUUUCAAGUUUCAAUCGAGAAUUGAAUUUUACAAAUCAUCUCCUUUUUUACUCUCCAAGUGAACGGAAAACUGUUCGUCCUCGGUCGGGAUUCGAACUUUUGACCUCUUUCAUGAUAUCCUGAGUCACAUCCCACUAGGCUAUGGAUCAAUAUAUAUAUUCAGUGUCCUCAUAUUGUUUCGUUGUUAUAUCGUCGCACGGCCCGUGCUUAACCCUGUUAGUUAUGGUUGUUCAUCCGCCCUAUCGAAAUUUCCUGAGAAGUUUUUUUCGAUUCGAUAAAAAGAGAAGAGGUAUUUUGAAAAAAAAUUCGUUAGACUGAGUUUUUUCGCUUUUCAGAAAAAGUUCCAGCCGUUGUCAAUCUACCUGUUCAAACUACUUCAAUUCAACGGAGUAUGCGAGGCUUAUAAACCGCCUUGAAUCUACCGGUCGCAUGUGGAAUGGCUCACGGGUCUAUCUGGAACUUCAAAAAAUCUUUGCCAGAGCCAAUUUUUUUUUUUUUUGAUGACAUUAUCAAACGAAUAAAAUUCCAGUAUUUGUUAAUUUAUGAAUGAAUUCAUACAGACAUCAGUGAACGGGAGGAAACGUCUGGAAAUGGAUUUUUAUUCAGUUUUUGGGUUUUUUUGACUAUCAAAACUCCUUAAUGUACCACCUCUCCGCGGUGAUGGGGAUCAACGACCAUUUAUGGCGGCAACGUCAUAAAUGGCGGCUAACGGUACACCGGUCACGCAGUUCGCCUUGCUUUAUGCUAAUAGAAUGGGCGGUCCUCCUAGCCCUGGCAAGGCAACGAGGAUAACCAGACCACAAAAAAGCUAAAACACGUUCAACAAGACGGCCCCAGUCCUCCGCCCGUCGGUCACGCGCCUCUCCGGUAUCGGGGGCUGCCUCUGCCGACGAGGGGCGAUCAAAUCUCGGAGCAACAGGAUACCAUAGAAACGGACUACGGACGCGCCACGGUGACUGUCUACGUUUCGGAACCCUCAACUGCCGCUCGCUCGCUUCCGAUGCAGCAAAAGAGCAAUUGCUCGCGGCAAACCGAAACGCACUCAUCGACAUAGUGGCGCUCCAGGAAACAAAAAUCUCAAGACACCAGCUGUAAGACUUGGCCAAACGGUGAACUUCUCAUCCUCGGCCACAAAGUCCCUGGGAAGAACGUCGGCGGCGUCGGUUUCCUCGUCAAUCGCUCGGUCCAACACCUCGUCGACUCGCACGAAAUCGUCAACGCCCGCCUCGGCAUCCUCCGACUCAACCUAGGAAAAACGAGGAAGACUCACCAUCAUCAACGUCUACUCGCCGACCUCACCAGAAGCCGAAUCUAAGGCUAAAAAGGGAAGAGAAGGAAAAAGGAACUUGACGAUUUCUACCGGAAGCUCGAGGAAACGAUCCAACGAGAGAAGGCGUACUACAUCUUCGUUCUGGGUGACUUCAACGCGAAGAUGGGCAAGUGCGCCACUCCCUCGAUUCGUCACGGGAAGCACGGACUCGGAAUUCGGAACGACAACGGAGAACGCCUAGCCGAACUUCUCGACUCCAGAAGGCUCUACCACGGCAAUUCUCUCUUCGAGAAGCCUGAUCGGAGACGCUGGACCUGGAAAUCGCCCAACGGAGACACCACCAACGAGAUCGACCACAUUCUGGCCAACCGGAAAUGGUCUCUCCUCGACGUUGCCGUACUACCCAGUUUCGACGUUGGAUCCGACCAUCGACUCGUUCGCGCCAAGGUCCGUCUGAACCAGAAGUUCCUGAAGAAAGACUACCACCAGCCAUCGAGACCGAGAAGACCAACCUACGACAUCACCACGUUGGAGGAGAAGAUCUCGGAGCACGACUGGCAGCUUCUCGACGACCCGACAGCCGACUACGAAUCCCUCUGCGAUGGCCUCAUCAGAUGUGCAGAACCUGCAGCUCGACCAACCUCGUCUCUACCGCCGCGACUCGACCAACGAGCGAAAGAUCGGCUGCGAAGAAGAGGAGAAGUCAAACGAGACCCGCAGGCCACGCACCUAGAACGUCUGACGAUCGACAAAGCCUGCAGAAUGGCCGUGCAAGAGUCUCUAGCCAACCGACGCAGGAGUGCACUUCUUCAGACAGCUGAGAAACGUCAAAGCCUCAAGAAGAAGAAGUUCGAGCUCGUCGACGAGCGAACGGUGAUGACAGCACUGAAGGACGAGAACGGCCAGCUGAAGACGUCAAGGAACGAGAUGGAGCGCCUGACGGUCGACUUCUACACGAAACUCUUUCGAAGCGACGUUCCCGUCCCCAGAACACCAACGCCGCCACCAGAAGAUGAACCCCCGAUCCUUCCCGAAGAAGUCAAGUACGCCAUCAGGAAGCUGAAGGUCGGAACGGCCGCAGGACCCGACAACAUCUCAUCCGAACUGCUGAAGGCUGGAGGAGACUCGCUGUACCGACUACUUGCCCGGCACUUCUCCAAGUACCUGAGCGAAGCCUCUAUUCCUGAACAAUGGAAAAACAUCCAAGACGAUCCUCAUUCCGAAGAAGGGCGACCUCACCGACCUGAACAACUUCAGACCGAUCUCCCUCUUAUCGGUCGUCUACAAGUUGUUCACCAAGGUCAUCGUCAACAGACUAGAGAAGCAACUCGACAACUUCCAACCGCCCUCGCAGGCUGGCUUCCGACGCAACUACUCUUGCCUCGACCACAUCCACGCCUUGACCCAGGUGGUGGAACGGCACCGGGAGCACCAGAUGCCACUUGCGUUGGCCUUCGUCGACUACUACAAGGCAUUCGACAGCGUGGAGAUCAACGCCGUCUUGAAUGCUCUUGCCUCCGCCGGAGUCGCCACGAAGUACGUCGAGCUGAUCGCCAACAGCAACGAGGGAACGUCCACGACCAUCCAGCUGUUCGACAAAAAGCUUUCGAUCCCCAUCAGGAAAGGUGUUCGCCAGGGAGAUACCAUCUCCCCCAAGUUGUUCUCCACGGCACUAGAAGACGCGAUGCGCCAACUUGGAUGGGACGAAGAGCACGACUGGGAAGACAGUACAGACAUCAGAGGCAUCAACAUCGACGGCAAGGUCCUCACAAACCUCCGCUUCGCCGACGACAUCGUACUCUUCUCAAGCUCCACCACCGAACUGUCCUCCAUGCUGAACGAUCUGGACGAAGUCGGCAAGAAGAUCGGCCUUAAGAUGAACGUCAAGAAGACGCAGUGGAUGAAGAACCGCUUCUGCGACCAAGGCAAAGUCACCCUUUGAGGGCCGCGACCUUCAGGAGGUCACAUCCUACAUCUACCUUGGCCGGGAAGUAAACAUGGUGAACGACCUGCAAGCAGAGAUCGGCAGACGUAAACGCGCUGGAUGGGCCGCCUUCAACUCCAUCAAAGAAGUCACCAGUCAGCUGAAAGACCCGAAACUGCGAGCUCACAUCUUCGAAGCGUCGAUAAUCCCUGCCAUCUCCUACGGUACCGAAGUUUGGCCUGACACGAAGAAAAAAAUGCAACCGCCCUACGAACUUCCUACCGCGCACUGGAACGUGCUCUCAUCGGCACCACUCGCUUCGAGCAGUGGAAAAAAGAACAGAGGAGCACAGACCUCCGUCAACUAUCCCAAAUCCGGGAUCUAGAAGAGCACAUACAACGCGGGAAACAUCGCUGGGGCGGCCACGUCAUCCGCAGACAAGACGACCGCUGGUCCACGAGAUUAACACACUGGAUUCCGAGAAACAUCAAGCGCCCACUCGGGCGCCCACCGACCAGAUGGACGGACUACUUCCGCAAGAACAUCAGUCAGCCAGGCCGCCACUGGAUGACCGUCGCGCAAGACCGAGCCGCCUGGAGAACGUGUGGUCCACGCUGA